UUUUUAAUUUGUUCCCAUAAUUGCAAUUAUCCUUUAUUAAUCAUUAUUAGCUAAACAACACAAACAAUUCCAAAUCUCCAUCAACUUCUUAAGCCCUUCUCCACUAAACCGUCUCCUCCAACGGACUUUCCCAAGAAAAUUCUCACUCACUCUCCAGUCUUAAUUGAAUUUUCAAAGGUCAAAAGCAAAUGCAAGCAUCGUCAUUAUCAUCAAUGUAUGCAAUUAAAGGAAGCAGCAGUGCCAUUAAUUUUCACUUUCACCCUCUUAAUCGGAGGAUUAGCACCACUAACACUUCAUUAGUUUCGCUAUCCAAUUUCAACAACAAUACCUGCAUGACCGGUAGUCAUCGGAUCAGUUGCUGCGGUUUGCGUUCCGUUAGUUCCGUUUCCAUGGGAACCGAACUCGUUCGAACUGCUUUUUCUCGGUCGUCGUCUCGGUUUCCGGUUAAAGCUCUGCCUUCCGAUGGAGACAUUGAAGAAGUUGUUCCUAUCAAUCCUUCUCAAAAUAAGUCUACUGGAACGGUUUUUCCGUUUGUCGGUGUUGCUUGUUUAGGAGCAGUUCUGUUUGGUUACCAUUUGGGUGUGGUGAAUGGUGCACUUGAAUAUCUUGCUAAGGAUCUUGGAAUAGCAGAAAACACCGUCUUACAAGGAUGGAUUGUGAGUACACUACUUGCUGGUGCUACUGUUGGUUCAUUUACUGGAGGUGCAUUAGCAGACAAGUUUGGCAGAACGAGAACUUUUCAAUUAGAUGCAAUUCCUCUCAUAGUUGGAGCAUUCCUUACUGCUACAACUCAGAGUGUACAGACUAUGAUAAUUGGCCGUUUACUUGCUGGUAUUGGAAUUGGCAUAUCCUCUGCCAUUGUCCCUCUUUAUAUAUCUGAGAUCUCACCAACUGAAAUUCGUGGUGCGCUGGGGUCUGUAAACCAACUUUUCAUUUGUAUUGGAAUCCUUUUGGCAUUGGUGGCUGGACUACCGUUGGCAGGAAAUCCCUUAUGGUGGAGAAUAAUGUUUGGCGUUGCAGCUGUCCCUGCUAUUCUAUUAGCACUGGGAAUGGCAUUUUCUCCAGAAAGUCCUCGAUGGCUUUUCCAGCAAGGAAGAAUAGCUGAAGCAGAGAAAUCCAUAAAGACACUCUAUGGAAAAGAAAGAGUUGCUGAGGUUAUGCUAGAAUUAGCAUCCGGAGGUCAAAGUGGUCCUGCAGAGCCAGAGGCAGGAUGGUUCGAUCUAUUUAGCAGCCGAUAUUGGAAAGUUGUAAGUGUUGGUGUGGCGCUUUUCUUUUUCCAGCAGAUGGCUGGGAUUAACGCUGUGGUGUAUUAUUCAACUGCUGUGUUCCGAAGUGUUGGAAUUGCAUCUGAUGUUGCAGCUAGUGCUCUUGUUGGAGCAUCAAAUGUCUUCGGAACGACUAUUGCAUCAUCUUUAAUGGACAAACAAGGGAGGAAAAGUCUUCUAAUAACAAGCUUUUGUGGAAUGGCUGCUUCAAUGUUGUUGCUGUCCUUGUCCUUAACUUGGAAGGUCCUUGCACCCUAUUCUGGCACCCUUGCUGUUCUUGGGACUGUUUGCUAUGUGUUAUCAUUUUCACUUGGUGCUGGUCCUGUGCCUGCUCUUCUUCUCCCAGAGAUAUUUGCCUCCAGAAUCAGAGCAAAAGCAGUUGCUUUAUCCUUAGGAAUGCAUUGGAUCUCAAAUUUUUUCAUUGGGCUCUAUUUCUUGAGCGUUGUAAACAAGUUUGGAAUCAGCACUGUGUAUUUGGGAUUUUCUGCUGUGUGUCUUCUUGCCGUCUUAUAUAUAGCUGGUAAUGUCGUCGAAACAAAGGGACGAUCCUUGGAGGAAAUAGAGCGUGAACUUAACCCGGCAAUAUAAUUAGGAUUUCUGUUGAACCCUGCAAUGUAAUUCGGAUCUCUGUUGAAAGUGCAUGAGAGAUAAUAAUUUCAACGCAGACCUGUAAGGUUGGUUCUAUUGGGAGUUGGUUCUUGAGGUCUAUUGUACUGUCAAAUGUUAAAAUUAGCUGUCACCGUCUUUGCAACUAGAUCAUCUCUGUUUUGUAAUUUUGGAGAUCAGAAUUAGAGAACCCUAGAUUAGAUCGUGGGAGUUUGUAUGAUGUAUAUUCUGAAGAUUAUGCGAUUCUUGCAAUAAUUUUGCAGAUAAUUUUACUUUUGACAGUCUUUUUAACA